ACCACUGCAGCAAUGCCUACCUCUGGUGUUUGUAUGAACAUCAUCAAUGCCCGGCAUCAGAAAAGUGGCCGUGGGACCAUCACAAACCCCAUUAGCUUCCUCAACCAAGACUACGAGCAGAUGAAACAGUACUGCCUCAGCCGACGAGUAAGGUACAUUGAUGAGAUGUUCCCCCCUGACAGUAACACCAUCGGCGAAGGGGUACUGACACCUUCUGACCUGGAACGUGUGGUGUGGCUGAGACCAGGGAAUAUAGUUUCCAAUCCAUCUUUUAUUGUCGAUGGAGUCUCCAGAUUUGACUUUGGUCAAGGCCUGAUUGGAAACUGCUGGUUCCUUGCAUCUAUCGGAGCUCUGACAUUCCAGGAUUCAAUAUUAAAGCAAGUUGUUCCUCUUGAACAAAGUUUUAAUGAGGACUACUGCGGGCUGUUCCACUUCAGGUUUUGGAGGUUUGGGAAAUGGAUGGAUGUUAUCAUUGAUGACAAGCUACCAACAGUUGAUGGCAGAUUAAUCUUCGUCCAAUCCAAAACUCCGACUGAGUUCUGGCCUGCUUUGCUGGAGAAAGCCUAUGCCAAGGUGUGUGGUUCAUACGCAGACAUGAAUGCUGGAACUCCUGCUGAGGCUUUGGUGGACUUCACUGGUGGUGUCCACAUGUGCAUCAACCUCACAGAACCUCCUCCGGACCUGUGGGAGCUGAUGAUGAGAGCUGGACAAAAGAAUUCCCUGAUGGGCUGUGGGACUCCUCAGGGGAAGACAUCUGCCAACAAUGUGCUGCCAAAUGGAUUGGUCCAAGGCCAUGCCUAUACUGUCACUGGUGUUAAACAGUUUAUGAGCCAAGGGAGACUCGUUAACCUGGUGCGUUUGUGGAACCCCUGGGGCCAAACAGAGUGGAACGGACAGUGGAGCGAUAAUUCGCAUUUGUGGCAAACUGUGAGUCUUCAGGAUCGUGAAAUGUGCCUUUCAGUGAAAGAUGAUGGAGAGUUUUGGAUGACACUGGAAGACUUCUGUGAGUUCUACAAUGAUCUUGACAUCUGCUGCCUGUGUCCAGACUUCCUUGAUGGAAGCUCCUCGUGCCAUUGGAAGUCGUCAUUCUAUGAGGGCAGAUGGGUUGCAGGAACCACGGCUGGAGGAUGCAUGCAGAACUUUGAAAAAUUCUCAACUAAUCCACAGUAUCGGAUCAAGGUCGGCAAAUUAUUCAGUGAGUGUUCAGAGAACCAGGGGGAAAAAAACUUUCUGAUGUCUCUCAUGCAAAUGCCCGACAAAAGGAACAGACGCCUGGUCCAAAAUCUCCACAUUGGACUCAACGUAUUUGAGGUAACUGAAGAAUACCAGGCACACAAAGGGAGGUUCCCAGCCUCUUUCUUCGGCAGAAACCAAGUUGUGGCCAAAACUAAAACCUACUUGAACGCACGUGAGGUGACGGAGUUCGUCAUGUUGAAGCCUGGUGAAUACCUGAUUGUGCCGUCCACCUACUAUCCCAAUGAGACGGCCUCCUUCAUCCUGACCAUCCUGUCCAAGGCUGAGACCGAAGUGCAUGAGGGUUCUGGAGGCCAUGACCACGAACACAACAAAACAGAAGAGAAAACACCAGACCAAAAUGGAGUGGAUGACCAAAAUAAGAGACAAUUUUUCCGUCAAUACUCUGACAAGUAUGAAGAAGUGGAUGCUGACAUGCUCCAGACGAUUCUAAAUGACCGAAUCUUGAAAGGAGAUUUGAAAUCUGGAGGCUUCAGCAUCGAUGCCUGUCGCAGCAUGAUUUCUCUGAUGGACACGUCUAUCACGGGCAAACUGAAUGGCGAGGAAUUUCUCCGUCUGUGGAAGAAGGUCAUCCUGUACAAGGACAUUUUCACCCAAAAAGACGUUUCACUUACAGGAACACUGUCUCUGAAUGAGCUCAGGAAUGCUGUCAUGGCCUCAGGAAAGCGUGUCAGCGAUGACAUGCUGAAUUUGAUGGCUCUGCGCUAUGGUGCCUCCUCUGGACACAUGACACUGGAGAGUUUCAUCAGCCUCAUCCUUCGCUUCGAAUGCAUGUCCCAAAUCUUCAAGCAGCUGUCUGAUGGAUCGGCCAUGACUCUUCGUGAAUCAGAGUGGAUGUACCUUUCCAUGUACACUUAAACUGACAGAGAAGAUGAGCUGCAGGACUCAUUUGGAACACAUGCAGCAGACAAUGUGC